AUGUCCCAAAGACCAGAGCCUCAAGUUGAUGUCCCUCCUGGUGAUUAUAAAAAGGGAGCAAAAAUUUUUAAGGCAAAAUGCGCCCAAUGCCACACAAUGAAUAAGGGUGGAGCUGUUAAACAAGGGCCAAAUUUAUAUGGAUUUUAUGGUAGAAAAUCUGGAGAAUCUGAUUUUCCAUAUUCAGAUGCAAAUAAGAAUUCUGGUAUAGUAUGGUCUGAUAAGCAUUUAUAUGAAUAUUUACUUAACCCCAAAUUAUAUAUUCCAGGAACGAAAAUGAUUUUUGCUGGUAUAAAAAAAGAAAAAGAAAGAGCAGAUUUGAUUGAAUAUCUCAAAAAGGCUUCGUCGGAAUAA